CUAGCUGCUUGUCAGCUGAUUCAUUCACAUGAUCUGUCCUGUUUCGGGCAGUCCUGUUUACCGAUGCUGACUGUCUACCCGAGAGUUUCUUUGUUUACGCCACCAAAACAUCUACAUUAAGUUACUUUAGGGUGCAUUUUGACAAGAUAAAUGGCUGAUGCUAUUGAGCUUUCAAUAAUGAGCAAACGAUGUUGCUGAAAAUACGGUAAGAAGAAGAAAGAAUAGCCGCCACCGGGUUAGCUAAACGUCCUCAGCGUUGUUGGAAUCUAAAUAACCUCCAAAAUGAGUCCAGAGAGGAAAAAGCUGUUAAAUAUAAUCAUCCUUGGCUUUGGCUUUAUGUUCAUGUUCACUGCUUUUCAAACAUGUGGCAACAUCGAGCAAACAGUCAUUAGGAGCUUCAACAGCACCGAGUUCCAUGGGAGUGGAUAUACAAGCAUGGCGAUCAUUUAUGGAGUUUUCUCUGCAUCGAACCUUAUCGCCCCCUCAGUGGUGACAGUUAUCGGGCCCCAGCUCUCCAUGUUCUUCAGUGGACUUGUAUACAGCGGUUACAUUGCUAUGUUCAUUCAUCCGUACACCUGGAGCUUCUACACAGCGUCUGUGUUGGUUGGAAUAGCAGCAGCAGUGCUCUGGACUGCUCAGGGAAAUGUCCUCGCCAUCAACUCCACUGAUAACACCAUUGGAAGAAACAGCGGCAUAUUCUGGUCGCUGCUGCAGUUCAGCUUAUUCUUUGGAAAUCUCUACAUUUACCUUGCCUGGCAUGGACACGUGCACAUUACAGACAAGGACCGCCAGACAGUCUUCAUCUCUCUUACGGUGAUCAGUCUAGUGGGCUGCUUCCUCUUCUUCCUGAUCCGGAAGCCUGAUCCUGAAUCGUCUCCCAGUCCAGAGGUGACGGAGUCGCUGUUGCCGUCAGAAUACAUGGAAAGCUCCACAGCCAGCAGCUCGUCUGGCUCAAGCCUCUGGUCUCAAGCUCUCGACGCUUUUGUCAAAGCCUGUAAAAUGUUUGUCACCAAAGAGAUGCUGCUGCUCAGCAUCUCCAUCGGAUACACAGGCCUGGAGCUCACCUUUUACAGCGGGGUGUACGGGACGUGUAUCGGAGCCAUGACGCGCUUCGGCACAGAUGCAAAGAGUUUGAUUGGUAUCUCUGGCAUUUGCAUCGGCCUCGGCGAAAUCAUAGGAGGAGGUGUGUUUGGGAUUCUGAACAAAAACAACCGUUUUGGGAGGAACCCUGUGGUGCUGCUGGGACUCAUCACUCACUUUGUUGCAUUCUACUUGAUUUUCCUCAACGUUGCCAGUGAUGCUCCUCUGGCUCCUGAGGCGGGCACAGAUCUGGAGGCUUACAUCGCCCCCAGCGUGUGGUUGGCAUUGUUCUGCAGCUUCCUGCUCGGUCUGGGCGACAGCUGCUUCAACACACAGCUCCUCAGCAUCGUGGGCUUUAUCUUCCGGGACAACAGCGCCCCCGCCUUCGCUGUCUUCAAGUUCAUCCAGUCCAUCACGGCGGCCGUGGCCUUCUUCUACAGUAACUACCUGCUGCUGCACUGGCAGCUGCUCAUCCUGGUCAUCGUAGGUUUUCUGGGUUCCAUCUCCUUUUUUGUGGCUGAUUGGGUGGCUGAGUCCAGCAAGCGGGACUCGGACUACCACAGCAUCUGAUUGUUUGCUGGGAAGAAAAACCAUCCAGAAGACAUCCCAGAGACUGAUGCUAUGGUACGUUUGUGUUUUACUGAGUUGCCCGGUGUGUGUGGGCACCAAUAGAACCAAUUACUCAACAUAUAUCUGAUUAAAUCAAAAUGCAAGGUGGAGGACUUGUGCACAUGGCAGAUAUACCUCGUUCUGUUAUCCUCCUGGCCUUUUCUUUGUUCUGUGUGCACACUUUCACAACCAGUCUGAGAUUAUGUUUAACAUGCAUCAGUGAUGGGUGAAAAAACUAUGAAGCACUUUGUUAUCACAGCAUAACAUAGAAAGGAGGAGGAACUGACAUUGUUGUGAAUCAGCUGCAGGUUUUUCAUGUUUUCUUUUGGUUCAGCUGCUCCAGCUGUGUUUUGUUGAUGUGAGCAGAGGUCUGGGGAUUUUCUUUACAUUUCUUCUUGACAACAAGUCCCACAAAAAGGCUGAACAGUGAGUAUCCAGCAUUUAGACACUAAAUGAGCCUGGUUUUUAAAAAGAAAGUCAGGUGGUUUUAGAGACAAAUUAAAUGUACAUUUUUGUCAUUUCAUGGAUUUGUUGACAAGAAAAAAAUGUGAAUUAAAGUCUGACUUAUCUGCACACAAACACCCCCUAACCUCGCUGUACAACACAUCACAACCCGACAGAUUCCUGCAACCUCGAGUCAUCAGCUCUAAAGUUUAAAGGGAAACAUCACAAACCUGAACUUUGACUUUCAGUGUGAAACCAUUUUUUCCCCUCUGCUACAUAAUUGAUUUAGUUGUAAUAGGAUCCACAUCGUCUUGAUUAUGACCCGUGACUCCACAUUCCAGUUAACAUCUUCUAAUUACUUGUCGCUGAUGAUGAUAACUGAGGCUGUAGUUUGUGCCUUUUUCUUUUAUUUUCUUUCAACUCCACCAGGGAACAUAUCAGGGAAAAAUCCCAACAAAUUAAAUGUUUAUUUAUUUAAUUUUUGUGUUGCUGGCAGCACGGCUGAAAAGAUAACUGGAACAAGUUUUUCUGUGGCUAAAAAGUGGAGUGCAGUAAAUAAACUGUGUAUGAUGUACAAGGAGUGUGUUUAAAAACAGCAGGUUGGAUCAGUCCCAAAUAUGUUGCUUCCUACAGUUCCAGUAAUGUAAUUUAAUUACAUUUUUAUAAUUUCAUCCCAUUUAGCUGCUGAACUCCAGUUUUUCCUAUUUUUUUCCUUUUACUAAAGGGAUCCUGUGGAGUUGUCCAUUAAUAAAAAUCUAAAGAGGAACAUCUUUAAAAGGCUUGAAAGUGGACUUUUUCUAAGUGGGGUCAUUUGAAUUAGUGAUCAGCAUCGCACCUGCAGUACAGCUGAUCGCCUCUAGUUAAUAGAAGCAGGGAGGAAUUCUGACAUCCAGUUUAAAGCUAAAAUCCACCCACAGAAGAGCAAACCUUCCCAUAAAACACUGCUUAAAUCUAAAAAAUGUUAAUGUUUUCUCUUUUAACAUCCUUUGUCACUAUCCACCCCACACCCCCACGUCUCCAAACUGAGAGCAGUCUGACUGAUGCAGGUGAGAUACUUGAUGUUUAUAAGUACCUCAAGCAACCUCUUUAUUAAAAACUGCAAAAUAAAGGAGUAUCCCUUUGAUCAUCGUAACAUGCAGCCAUAAAAGUGGAAUGCCAGUCUAGUCAAUAUAAAAUAAGUAAAGAAAAAUGCUUAAUAAAUUAAGAAUCAUAGCAAAUGAACCAUCUCUAGCGUUAUUCAAUUAAAAGAGUGGUCCUCUGAGUCGGACAAAGCAGAAGCAUCAUAUAGUGUUAGAAUUACAUGAUCAGUUCUGUAGGAAUCUCUGUAGGCUGUAUGAUGAGUUCAGGUGAAUCUGCUCGGUUUGACUGUCAGAUAAACAUGCUCCUUCAAUUGAAUGUAAGAGAUGGAAAUAAAAAGAAGUGGAAGAAACAAACCCCUGCACAAAUGAUGGGGGAAAAAAAAACAUUUAUUCAUCUGUAUCAGCUCCUUCACAUAUUUAUGUUUACUCCACUUUUACAUGUCCAAUAAAUAGACUUUUAAUAGAAAAAUGAGCAGCACACACAUAAAGAUGGCUGUUUGAUUUAACAAUUUACAACAGAAAUAUUGCAGACCAGUAGGUAUAAUAUGUUUUUUGGCAUUAUCAUUAUGAAAAUAUUACGUAUGAACAGAUUUUUGUAUAAUAUGAAUUAGUGCCUUUAUUGGACCUUUUUAUUGUUGCAUAUCCUCAGACAUCAUAACAUCAUGACUCUCCCGGAUCAUUGUCCUCAUCGUUCUGAUGAAAUCUGCACAUUUUCCUGUUAAUAAAACUCUAAACGAAUCAUGCCAAACCAGCUCAGUGCUAAUUAUCGGCCUUGAGACAUGUUGUAUGUUCCAGGCAGCUUUGUGUGAUUCUGAAGGAACAAAAUCAGAUAUGCUGUCUUUUUUUUUUUUUUUAAUUGCCAGUAUAUGAUUCAGUUCACUGUUCUAGAUAAUUUAUUGCCAUGAUAAGAUAUCGGGGGACGGGUUCUUUAGUUUCAUUUUAUGUUGCUACUGCAAUGGAUGCAAUCAAGGAUAUUAAGGGAAGUAAACGUGUACUCGUGGGUGAUUUUAUAUUGGAAUGUAGUAAUUAUGAAUGGCAUUCAGAAUAUUGCUUGCUUGUUUUUUAUUGUUAAUAAAAUGUUAUUUUGAA